AUGGGCGUCUUACCUGUUCUUCUAUUGGUUUCCACGCUACUCUCCGCGGCGUACGCUGCGGAAAUGAGACCUCGCGACGGUCUCGCCGGCCCCGGAGGAUCCAACAACCAGUUCAUUGGCAAUCACGAACCUGUCACUCCCGUUGCUGUCAUCACACCCCGCCCCAACGACCCCGAGCCUAAUAUCUCGCCUCCCGAGCCUGUUACAGCGGCGAGCGACCCCGUCACCACUCCAAACCCGGCGUCGGCCCCUCAAGACGUCUUCACUGACGAUCCUUUCGGAACGUCUGCCCCGUCACACUCAAACGCGGGUCCGUCGUUCGACCCCAACGACCCUCUGGGCGGCAGGAACCCUCUCGCGGGCGACGACUCCAAGACCGGUGUUCAGCAGACAAGCGCGGCGGACUCUAGCGCGUAUGCCGGUACCGUGCAACCCAACCAGGUCAGCUCGGGGAUCCCGAUUACUCCCAAUAUUCCGGACAACAACGCGACCCCGGUUUCUCCCGAUACUCCUGAUAACGGCACGACCCCGAAUUUCCCCGAUACCCCAGACAACGGAACGACCCCGAUUUUUCCCGUCACUCCGGGCAACGACACGAGCACGGUUGUUCCCGAUACUCCAAACAACGCCACUGAAACUGGCGUCGCGCAAAAUUCCACCUGUGACCCGUCGGACUUGGACGGUUACACGUCGUCGUAUCAAAUCACCAAAUACGGCCACGUGCUGCACUGGGCCGUCGUCUCCCCAACGGUCGUCAAAAUCGCGUUCGAGGCAAAGCACGGCAGCGGCGCGGCGUUGGGAUGGAUCUCCGUGGGGUUCUCAAAGGACGGCAAGAUGAAGAAGGCUGACGCAAUCAUCGGCAACCUUCCAGACGCGCCCAUUGCAGCCUACUCGAUGAAGGGAUACGACGAGGAUUCUAUCAAGGUCAACAAUGACCUGUGGAUCGGCGACGACGCGAGCCUACUGUCCAAGACCAACGGCAGCCUCAUCAUGAAGUUCUCGAGGAACACCACGGAAGGCGUCGCGCCCAUCUCCACGACUGGCAACGUCACCGUCAUCUGGGCUUUCUCCGCUGACAACACCAAGCCGCUCGCCUUCCACGGCGAUAAGAGACGUGGCUCUUUCAAAGUUGACUUCUCUUGCAAUGGCGCCGGCGGCGUGGCAGCGCAACAAACGGUGCCGGCGGUGCCGGCGCAGGGCGGGAAUGUGACGGUGGGGUCGUCGUGCACCCAGUCGACGCUAAGCGAGUUCGACCACCAAGCGGAUCUCUACGACGGAAAGAUUCUGCUGCACUGGAAGGUUCUGGCCGGCCCCGUGUUCCAGAUGGCUUUCGAGGCGAAGCACCUAAGCGGCGCGGAGAACAGCUGGAUUGCGGUUGGCUGGUCGAACAACGGGGCCAUGGCGCCUGCCGACGCCGUUGUUGGUAACAUGCCCGGGAUCAAGGCGUUCCGACUUGAUGGUUACAAGAUGGCAGAGCUCGUCAACGACACGUUUUCGCUCGGCCCGAACCCGUCUGUCACCACCUCGGCUACUGGAUCCACAGUUGUGAAGUUCUCCCGCAGCAACGGGGAUGGCGGCACGGUUCCGAUCAACCUGAGCGGCGAGACGUACGUCAUCUGGGCCUUCUCCCGCGGCAUGCUCGAUGCGUUCGGCUACCACGAUUACAACAGGGGUCUCGCCACCGUCGAUUUCCUCUGCAACAAAGCCCCUACGACCCUGAUGGGACCUGGCGACAAUGUGGCGACCAUCCCGGGUGCUAACGUGGACAAAGAUCCUUACGCGGGCCUGACCCCUGCCGAGCGGGAGGCCAAGGAGGCCCGCAGGGAGCGCCGCACAGCGCGCCGAGCCAAUCGCGGGGCGAUUUUCCGUUCAUGGGCUAAUGCUGCGUUUGGCCUCCCCAGCCCUGUCCCAUCGUACAACCCAUCAUCGCCGUUACCCUAA